GCGUUGGAUUUACUUGGCUCAGAUUAUAUUCGAUCGAUAUUUAUCUGGUCGCCUCCAUCAACUCAACCUUUCUUUCCUCAUACGUUCCUUACAGAUUCCUUACCUUUCCCUGCCGUACACCUCUUAAUUCAAGUCGCCUGCGUUGUCUGCUCAUCCAUCCAUCCAUCCAUCCAUCCAUCCAUCCAUCCAUCCAUCCAUUCAUACAUACAUGCAUAUUGCCCACAGCUUUUUUCACAAAGGUCUGAAAUAAGGAGCGGUUUUUUUACAAUACCAAUAUCAAACAAGCCCUUUCAACCUCACCCAAACUAAAAGUGAUUUAUAACCACAGCCCACACUUUUCUCCCCUACACUUCACAACCUACAACCUCUCAGUUUUUCACCAUCCUCUCAAACUUCACGCCGACGAGGGCCAUUUUCAACUACCCCUUACAAGUCUUUCAACUCUACGGAGAAAACUUUGCUAACAAGUCAUCUCCGAGGAUUUAUCAAUGCUGGCAUUCUGCUUGGAGAAAUCGCUUUCUUGUUCUUUCAGUCCGUUGUGCGGAAAGCCAGUCUCGCUUUUCAACAUAUUCAAUUGAACAUUGAUAUUGGGGUUUCUAAAUUCGAUCCGUGGCGAGCAAGGAGAAGAAGUACUUUUCUGUCUUUGCCAACUAUGUCUAGCCGCAAAAACUCAGAGGAUAGACCUCCUCUACGAGGACCAGCAAGUUCUCAUCGUGGUGAUAUGCAUAGGCCGGAUAAAAUUUAUGGCACCAGAGACAGGCAAGUUAGUGAAGAUGGACAUGAGAAGCGUAGAUCGGAUGGAGAUCACGAAAAAAAAGACAGCGGCACCAGGAGAAAUGUGGAAAGGGCAGAUCGAGGGAGCCGCUCUUCUGAGGAGACCAGCUCGACAAAUAUUCAACUUUCUAAGUCUGAUAGAUCCUCUCCAACGACAACAGGACAAGCAACAGUAACGACUGACAUUGAAUCAGUAUCGAAAGAGACAUCUGUCAACCCUCUCAUCAACCUUUCUAAACAAGUUCCUGUCACAGAAUCAUAUCAGUUAGAAUCUCUUAUUGACGCAUUGAUGCAAUUUGCCGACCAAGGGGAUUCUAGGAGUCUUCUAAAUCAAGUACGAAACUCGGCUGAAGAGAGUCUGAAACGGCAAGUUGAGGAAAUACAGAAAAUGGGUCCCAUAAUGCAAAGCUUCCCUACACACAUGGAUGUACAGAAUAAGCGCAAAGUUGAGGCAGAAGAGGUUCUUAAGAAAACUAACGAAGAGCUUGAGAAGGCCAAGAGAUUGCAGAAAGAGGCAGCUAAAACCAUUGCCUCUCGCCUGGUUAUCAAAGCCUCGCCUCCUAUCGCAGAUGACUCGAAGUACCUUCAGGAACGUUGCCGGAAGUUGGAAGAGAAAGUGAAGGACCUUGAGAAAACAAUGACUGCCAUGGAUCAAAAAAAUAAAUUCUCAGAUAUCAACGACCGCUUUCAAGAAAGUCAAGCCGAACAUCGUAAAGUUGUUACCGAGAUCAAAAGAAGUGAGGCACGCUUUACAGAGAAGAUUGAAGCCAGCGAAUCCAAGAUAAAGCGUGAACACCAGAAUCUGUCUGACCAAUUUACAAAUCUUGAUCAGCGACAUCAAGCUACCCGCAGCGAAGUUUCUUCACUAGGUCCCCGCCUGGAUAGACAUGAAAAUUCUUUGAAGAAGCAUGACGCGUCGAUCAACGUCUCAGAAGAAGAGAUAGCAACAAUUCAGCAGGAGGCUAGCAAACAAUCUACUAUCUUAAAAGCUAAAAGUGAUGAUAUUGACCUCCUUACAAGAAAAGUCACCUCCCUUGAAAAUUCAUCGAAAACUCAUAAGGUUUCCCUGGAUGAUUUUAAGUCGUCAAGUCUGGAAAAGAUUAGUCAACUGAAGGACGAGACGACAAAGUUUUUUGAACUCCAGACUGCUCAAAGAGCCGUCCCCGAAGAAUUUGGAGCUUACGAACAGGAACUAAACGCCAUGAAGGACGCUCAUAAGACCAUCCUUAAAAGUCUUGGAACUAGUGUAGAGGAAUUAAACUCCCUGAAGGACAAGGUUGGUCGAUUGGAGCAGAUUCCUCAAGCUCCAUCUAUUGCUAUAUCUCAGCCCCCCUCUAAAAUAACAACUGGAUCAAGCGCAACAAUGAUCGGGGUGAUGCAGACUAGAAUUCGUAAUGCUCAAGAAGACAUCAGGGUUUUGGAUGAAAGAAUCGACAAGAUCGAGAGCUCUCUUGGAUCUCCUAACCGCGCUACGCCCCAGGAAGAUGCUAAAGUUAAUGAGAAAUUGAAAAGCACUCUGGAAAAUUACGAAUCUAGGCUAAGUGAGUUAGAGGACUCUCUCAAAAAAGUGGAUUCUGUCAGCAUGAAUAAGCCAGUCACGAAAAUGUCGCCAUUUUCCACAGCAGGGCAGGAUGUGACAGAUGUCAAGAAAGCCUUUGAGUUUUACAAAGAGCAGCGGGAAAAAAUGGACCAAAUUUUGUCUAGACGCAUCGAGGAGCAUGAUAAUCAAGUCAAAUCAAUGCAACGCAAUGAUAUCACUACCAACGAACAGAUCGUUCAGAUUCAAAUUCGUAUGGAUGUAUUCGUGGAGGAUCUAAAUCGCAUUGCUCAUCGAGUCACUGAUACGGCCAACGACCAAAACGCCAAUACUAUCGCAUUAAGGCACCUACAUAGCCGAUUCAACAAUAUAUCAACAGAUGAUCUAGCGAAGAACAUGCUACGUCAGUUGGAAGUUAUUUAUCCCGAUGUUGGAAAUGCCGAAAGAACUUUCUUAGAGUUGAGGAAGCUACAUUCCAACCAUAUCACCCAAUUGGAGAGGUUGAAGAGUCAAGUAGUGGCUCUCCAAAGCCACCCUGUUAGCAAGCAAAGCCCAGCAAAUGCAGGCAAUGGAGCUACUGAAUCUUUACGCCAAGAAGUAGACUCGUUGACCAAAGGUCAAAUUAAGCUCGGAUCAACUGCUAAGAAGCUUGAUGAAGCUACUACGAGCACUCAAGCUAGGUUAAAUACGCUCGAACAGUCCCACACAGCCCUGGAUCUUAAGAUUCAAAAUGUCAAUGAAAAAAUUGAGACUCAGCAGAAGAGUCUAACCGAAAUGAGUGCGGAUCUCAUCGAAGCAGUCGGAGAUCUGCAAGCUGGCCUAGAAUAUCUUCAAAAUAGUAUCGGCACAGAGCUCGAAGGUGAUACUCCUGCGCCUGCACAGCCUACUCUGCUCCGAGCCCAUCAAUCUUCGGCCCAGGAAGCGGUGGCAAAUGGCAAGAAAAGAAAAAACCCGACCAGUGAAGAGCUCUCAAAACCCGAGAGCUUGAACAAUGGUCGCAAACGAGGCCCUUUGAGAAAGAGAACUAAGAGAGCCGAGGAUGGUGAAGAUCUUGAGUAAUUGAACCAGAGACUCAAUACAAAAUAAAAUACACCUUUGUAACUUUGCAGAUAACACAAAUCUUAUGAAGCCCAUGAGGCUUUUGACGGCGUACCAGCCAGAGCUUUUAGCUUUUUAUGCUACUCGCAUGCACAAACGACCAUGGAAAAUUCUAGCCUAUAGCCAAGUCUAAUUUUGCUUUUCUGUUUUCAGGAACCUUCAACCGCGGGAUAACCAGUGUACGCAAUUGGCAGCGAAGCUAGGAAUUGAUACUGGACUUUGUUCAGGGCUCAAAAUGACGACCUUGUACAUAAAAAAGCGAAUUUGGGUUGAGGGAUACACAUGAAUACAUGAAACUGGUCUUUGCUAACUACAUGAUGAAUAUGUAUGCUACCUGUUAAAUACAGCCUUAAUUUUCACCUGCUUUACUUUGAAACAUAAGUGCGUUGAUUAAUAUACUCUAUGAAAUGUAAAAGGGCUUCUUUA